AUGAACCUACUACAUCCAUAUCAGAAUGUGCCGGACAAUAUGAAUCAGAAUAUGAACAUGCAAGUUCCCUCAACCUCAGCUUUUACCCAAAAUUGGAUCAACGAUCUUCAGGCUGGUACGAUACCUCAAACAUUUAAUUAUGCGCCUAGUCAAAUGACUUUACAGUCUUAUAUGACCGGAAUUACGGAAUGCUCAAUGGCGGUAAGGUUUUGCCAUGUUCUUGAUUUUGUUACCUAAAAUUUUAAAAUUUGUUACCUAAAUUUGAAGAUUGAUCUUUCACGUCACAAAUUUUUUAAAAAUAUUUUUUCUAUAACUCUAAAAUAAGUUUAAGGUUUUGAAAAUUAAAAAAAAUAGAUUUUGUUACCUAAAUUACAUUAAAAUUUAUUUUAGGUGGAAUCAGACCCAGCAGCAAAGCUAAAUGAAUUAAUUCCUUUAUUACAAGAUUUGGACGUUGAUGUAAACAUGAGAGGGCAUGAUGUAUUUCGUGGUUUUUAUAAGCAAAUGGGUUUUGCAUUGGAGAAAGAAGAAGUAUCUAAAAAGCAGUUGCAUGAUGUAUUCUUUUUUAUUGUCCAGACUGCUAACACCUUUCUGAUGGAGUAUAUUACACAAAUCAGGUCACAGCCUUGUAAUGAGGCCAGGGUUAAACAACUUAGACGUGCGGUAAGUUGGAAAUAAAGGUUAUUAUAGUUACAACUGUAAUAUAACUAUAGUUAGACCUGACAGGGGGUUUAAUCGGCCCGGAUUCUUUUUUCUUAUAAUAUUAUACCUAACAUGGUAUAUAUUCAUAAUUUAAAACUGUUAACAUAAAAUAAUAUCUAAACAUUGCUAUUGAUUUACUUUUAGGUUGUGGAGAACAUUUUAACGUUGAGGAACAUCUACCACUGCUCUAUUGUCAUGAAUCGAAUGGUAAGUUUGUUAUAUUGCUGUAAAUAUUAGUGAUCUAUAUCAUUGUAUCUGUUCUGUUGUUGGCAUAAAUUGUGAUUAAAAACCUAUCUUAUUCUACCUUACCCUACCUUACUCUAUGUUACCAUACUUUGCUCUACCGUAUAUUACUUUGCUUUACUUUACUCUACCAUACUAUAUCCCACCCUACUCUACUCCACUCUAUUUUACUGUCACACUACAUACACAUAUUAACCAUACAAAUUUCAGUCAGACGAUCAAAAGUUGAUGUACAUAAAGACGUUGAUCAACGCAUCUGAACUUCCCGAGGUUUCCGAAGCCUUCCUUUGUUUGUUGCAUUAUGCCAGAAAGUACAUCUCGUUACCAAUUCAAGCACAGCAAGAAGCUUGUUCGCCGGUAGUAAUCAGACGGAUUUUGGAAUUGGCUAGUAGUGCGACAAUCAGGUUUAAAUACAAACAGUUUGUACCUGCUAUACUGGCGUACACAUUCAAGUAUGUGUCUCAUGAUCGGGAACGAUUGGUAAGGUUUAUACUGAGUAUUCAGAUAGCUGAGUGUUGGAGGUUUUUGAGGGCAGGGUUUAUUUUAAAUGGGGUAGAAUGAAAAGUUGUUUUUGGGUGUAAAGAUUAGCUUUAAUAGAUAUAGGGGGUGUUUAGGAUAGAAUGGAGUAUUUUAGUAGGUAGAAGUGGCUGUUUUUUCGGCUUGGUCUUAAAAUUGGUACUGGGAUUACGAUCUUUAACUUUAUAAUCGGCCUAGGGUUAUUUUCAAGCGAACGAUGUUUAUCCGGCUUUGUUUUAUGAUAUUAUAACUGCUCCUUAUGUCGUGUUAGUUAAUGUAUAUAAUUUUAGUUAUCAAUUGAUGAGUUCAAGUCGAUUUCAUUGUUCAUACUCGGUCAAAUUGGAUUCACAUGGAACAUGCUAAGCGAUCAAAAGUCUGGAAUUGGGGAGAAAGAUAUCAUCGAUGUGUUUGGUUCAUGGAUUUACUGUUUAAUGUUGGUGUUUCCACUAACGGUAAUGGUUCCUUCUGUAGUUGUACUUCAAUAUUUCAAUCAGCAAGGAGGGUUUUUGGUAGGUUUUUUAGUUUUAAAUGGUUUUUGGAGAAUUUGAGUCGAUUCUUCUAGUCUUGGAGGUAAAGGGCUGGGCGUAUGAUAUUGUAUUUUGCCAAUAUUUUGACCUGAGUUCAAGACUGUUAUUGUUCCCUUGUUCUCCCCAAGGGAGAGGGGGACGAUAACAACUCACCGCCCGGUCUUGAUUCGGUCUUAUCAUAACAUUACUUGACGGACUGAUACCUAUAAUGGCUAUACCAUGUUUUAAAGACAUUUUUAAUUUUGUCUUACAUAUUUAAACUCAUACCAUUCUACAAUAUCAAUUUUCAGCAUCUAUCCGGUCUACUCAACUUAGCUCUUGAGUACGCUCGACGAAAGAAGGACGUAAUUCUGGUGGAAAAAGUGUUCUCGCCCAUCCUGAAUGGGUUACAUGUUUUGCAUGCUUGUUCAGGUGACACGGACAUGUUGGGAAAAGUUGAUGUUACAGUAGUAUUUGAUUUGUCAUGGAAACUGUUCGAUUUGAUCAAUGCUCGAGCGAAUUCGGAAACUGUAAAUAAAAUGAUAUAUCCGCUGUUGGGAAUGGUCACCAAUUUGCUUGUUAUGGACACACAUAGAGUUGUAAGUCUUUUUUAGGUACAAAGUUUUAAAAAUGAAUUUUCGGGAGAAGGCUAAGCAGAGAAAAAUGAAUUUUUCAAAAGAUAAUGAAGUUAAAAUAAUUCUGUGCUCUUCAAAGAAAAUUUUUGGGGGUUGGAGCACAGAAUUAUGUGAACAACUUAAUAGUACAUCAGUUACUUGUUUUUUUUUUGCUCUAUACCUACUUUUUGAAUUAUAUUCUGUGCAGUUACAGGUAAAGACAAGGGACAAAUUGCCUUUUAAAGGGUAAUUUUAAUUCGUAGGAUUUUUUGCUAAUAGAAAAAAUUUUUUAAGGGCCUAUUACUCGUUUAAAAAUUCAUUUCUCAGAUUUAUUACUAAUAAAAAUUUAUUUUUAAGACCUAAUAAAAAAUAUAAAUUUAUUUUUAAAACAGAUUACUAAAAUAAAAAUUCAUUUUCAGGACCUACUCCUAACCAAAGCCCUGAACAACAUGCCGGCUUGUCCAAUUUUCCCUCUAGCUGCACUUGUUCAUACUCAAGCUGCUAAUCUCAAAUUAGCCAGAAACGUGGAAAUGCUGGUCCUCCUCAUUUGCGAACUCAACAAAGGAAUCCAGACCAAACAGUAUGGCAACUUCAUCCUAUUUCAACCAAUCCCGAGCACUCGCAAAAGUGGCUUUAGUCUAAAUGAAAUUUUGAAGUUUGUCGUUUUACGAGAGAGGAAUUUGUGUUACGAACAGUUGGACUACCGGAAUGUUGAACGGGUAUUCAGAUGCUGGCGAAGGGUAGUCAAGUCAGGGUUCCCUGCAGGACAAACUUCUAUUGACUACGAGAGUGUUUGUACGGACACGGUACAUCAUGCCCUUUAUUUUAUGAAUGAACGAUGUGUUGGAGUGGUAAGUAUGGAGAGCGAGAUUAUAAGGGAGGGGGAUUUAUAUAUUUUUUUUGAAAAUUUCCAAGGGGGUUUAAUAUCAGCUUCUUUUGAAGUUUUUACUGUUGGAAAGGCUGGUUGUAAUACAAGAAAGCUAUAUAUUUAAGCAGUUGAUAUCAAUUUUAAUCUCACUUUUUCAGGACUUUCCACCCGCUCUCUGUGGAGCCCUAGAACAAUGUAUUGAACUAGUCAGACUGUUCCUUGAAAAAUGCUCUGACCGUGUGAAGAUGAGUUUGAUCUCAAAAAUCAUCGAAACUGAUAUGAGUGUAUUCCUGAAAGCUUCGGAACCUGGAACUAACAUGUUCCUUCGGCUUAUCAACGUAUUCAUGAUGUCUUUGAAGAAAGAGGAUGCUGCUUUUGUUGCUGGGAAUUGGGUACAAGAAGGGAAGAUUAGCAACGAGCUUCUGAAUACCCUCAACUCAAGGUUUCCAAGUUGCGGUAAGUUAUUCUUGAUAUUCAUGUAAUCUUUUAUGAUUUCUAUGUUAUUGAAGACUAGAUCUAGGAGCCAGCUUUUACUGUGAGGUCGAGUGAGAUGUAAAUUCUUUUAUAGAGUGAAAUGUACAGGCUUUUAACAGGUUAGUAUUGUACUAAGAUAGAUUACUUUUCAGGUCCUGCCAUAUUAGAUCUACGGGAUAUAUUGAACUUUAAAAACAUGAACGACGGCCUUAUCUACGCUGAUCUAUGA